AUGCCCAGUACAUCGAUCCUCUUCCAGAAUGCUGACCGUGAUGUCACACUCAUUGACAUCCCCACAUCCAUCGCAAUAGCACAAGGUCGCUCAGAUACUCUCCUCUCAACUGCCCCACUAGAAGUACCCUAUCAAUUGCACGAAGAACCCAAGACAUCACAAGCGAAGAAAAAUCACUCCUCGCAUCUUACCGAUCUACAUAUUGAGUACAAGAGCACAAUCCAUGCAGCUCUCGCCGAGAUCCGAAGUCACAUCUCAGGACCCUGGUGCUUGCCACGCAAGCUGAUGACCCAGGUACCAGAACAUGGGGAAAUGCAACUUGACACUGUGCAGCACGAGGAUCCGGAGAAGGAAAUCGAAAGCCGGCUGCGUGAGUGGUCCGCUCUGGCUGAAAGCAAGGGAGAGGACACGCACUUCGACUUCGAGAAGAUGAUGGCUUCUAUCAGUGCGACAUCUGACCCGAAUGCAACCGACUCUGAAACCGUUGCACACAAAUGGUCGGUGUCGUACACCUCUCCACGCGACGAUGCACAUGUAUACCCACACCAGGCGGCCGAACCAUGGACCUCCUCCUUUCAUAACCCGGAAGACCACCCGGUGGACAUUCACGUGCGGGAGAACGUAACGCAGGCUGGCCGCGAGGCGCCCGCGUAUCGUUUCACGAUACCUCCGCACGCGACCUUCUUCCUCAGCGAUUCGACACACUCGGACGCGUUUCGUGCUGCGUUCCGCGAGCUCACGGAUGACUAUGUGCUCCCGCGGCAUUUCGACUUGGUCUUGCUUGACCCGCCGUGGCCGAACCGGUCAGCGAAGCGGAAGGGCGCGUACGAACAAGUCGGCGGGAUGCCGCACAUGAAGAAGAUGCUUCUGAAUAUGGACAUCGAUAGCUACCUCGAGCACAACGCAGUGGUUGGUGUAUGGAUCACGAACAAGGAGUCGAUGCGCGCACAAGUGCUUGGUCCUGGGGGUCUGUUCGAGAAGUGGAACGUAGGGUUGGUGGAGGAGUGGAUUUGGGUGAAGUUGACGACGGCGGGCGAACCUAUGUUUGACAUUGACAGCGCGUUGCGAAAACCGUACGAGGUGCUACUGUUGGGCAGGGCGGCGCCCAAUGCGUGGACGACCAUGUCGCAUGCGCGUCUUACGAAAAAGAAAGUCAUUGCAGCCGUACCUGAUGUACAUUCUCGCAAGCCCUGUCUGAAGGAGUUGCUCGAGCCGUAUAUGCCGGAUGCAAAAAAGUAUAGCGCUCUAGAGGUCUUUUCGCGGAAUUUGGUUGCCGGAUGGACGUCUUGGGGCAAUGAGGUUAUCAAGUACAAUUGGGAGAAGUAUUGGGCAUAA